AUGCGGUCGCCUGAUGUUCCACAGUUCCUUGUAGUUAUCACAGAUGGUGAAGCUCAUGAUGCUGUCGCUGCGCCGCCAAGGACAUUAGAGACAAGGGUCACCAUCUUCUCAUCCAUUGACAAAAACCUCAAAUUCAAGCUCUGCAGCACUGAUACAGGUUGUCCAGGCACACAGGUGGCUGAUGUGAUCUUCUUGGUGCAGUGCACCAGCCGGAUUGGUAUUCAGGAGUUUGAAAACAUUAAAACCUUUUUAAUUUCAGUGGUGAACAGCACACAGGUUGCUGACAAUCUAAUUCGCAUUGGCGUCAUUGUCUACUCAGGCACUCCAAAUCAAUUCUCUUUAAACCAGUACAAAAAUAAACGUCAGGUAGUGGAAGCCAAAACCUUGAAGUCCCCACCUGGAAAUGACAACACGGCUGAGGCUCUAGGAUACUCGCUCAAUUACUUCAGUGAAGAGUAUGGUGGGCGCCAGAAAUGGGGCACUCCUCAAAUGCUGUUCAUAAUUACAGAUGGUAAUGCUACAGACCAAGUAAACUUACGUGCACGGGCUGAUGGGUUUGCAGCCAAAAAUAUAAAUGUGUAUGGAAUUGGAGUGGCCAGAGCACAAGAGAGUGAGCUGGAGAUAAUUAUCCAGAACAAAACCAAAAUCUUCUACGUUGAUAAUUACGCGGGUCUUCAAUCACUGCAGACGAACAUCUCCAAAGUGCUUUGCAAUGCAACCAAACCAGAAUGCCAGAAAGAGGUAGCCGACCUGGUGUUUCUGAUCGAUGGAUCUGAAAGCAUCAGCAAGGAGUCAUGGAGAACCAUGAUUGAUUUCUUGCAAAAUGUUGUGAACCAGCUCCGUAUUUCUCCAGAACUUUACAGAAUUGGUAUAGCCCAGUUCAGCAGUGUAUAUCAGAAGGAGUUCUACUUAAAUAAGUACAACAAUGCGAAUGAUGUGAAAAGAGCAAUUCGGCAAUUCACGCAAAUUAAAGAAGGGACAAAAAUUGGAAAAGCUCUGCAUGAGGUUGCGGAAUUCUUCGAUGAGAGCAAGGGGAGUCGCAAACAGAGCGGCGUACCACAAAAUCUUGUACUUAUCACUGAUGGUGUUUCAUCAGACUGCGUGAACGAAGCAGCCGAUUAUCUCAGAGGUCUGCAAAUUGAAAUUUUUGUGAUUGGAAUUGGAGAUGUCUCGAUGCAACAGCUCAGCUAUAUUGCCGGGUCACCAGAUAGGUUAUUCAGGCAAGACUUCAACUACCUUAAUCUGACAACAGAAAUAUUUGUUGAUGCCCUCUGUUUUCCAAAAAGUUGCUCUAUUGACAUUGGCAUUGGAUUUGAUAACUCGCGCAGCAGUUCAAGUUCUCUGUCAAUAUUUAGAGACCAGAAAAGGCUGCAGUCCUACCUGCCAGAGAUCAUCCGCUACAUUUCAGUUGUGCACAACCUGUGCUGUUUAAGCAGCCCAACCCUCAGUACCAAUGUAGACCUUCGACUGGUUGAUGCUAAUGGAAAUUUGCUGUAUGACUUUUCCUUCAGAGAGUAUGAUGAAGGUGUGGUGGAAAAAGUUAUGGCACUUCGGACUUCACAGUCUCUGAAAUUCAACUCCCAACUUCUACGCUCUUUUCAAGAAAAGUUUAAAGCUUCAAAUUCGGGUGUAAAGGUGCUGAUCAUCUUUACAGACGGGCUGGAUGAACCUGUUGAGGACCUACUGCUUGCCGUCAACAGCCUCCGGACGAGUGGUGUAAACGCGCUGAUGACUGUGGCUCUAGAAGGAUUUAAAAACACUGCUGACCUGCAGAGGCUGGAGUUUGGUCGAGGGAUGCAGUACAGGCAGCUUCUCUCUAUCAGCAUGCAGAAUGUGGCCAGUGCCAUGCAGAAAGAAAUUGAUACUGUUGCCUCAAGGGAGUGCUGUAAAGUGAUGUGUAAAUGCACAGGCCAUGAGGGAGCACGUGGAAGUUAUGGUCCUCCAGGGAUUAAGGGGUCACCUGGACCAAAGGGACAUCCUGGUUUCCCUGGAGAAGGAGGAGAAACUGGUGAGAGAGGGCUUCCUGGUUUGAAUGGAUCUCAAGGACAUCAGGGAUGCAUUGGAAGAAGAGGCAUAAAAGGGGGCAGAGGCUACAGAGGUGACAAUGGAUAUGAUGGAGAAGAUGGUUUUGAUGGGGUAAAUGGUGUUCAGGGCAUGACUGGAGCAGCAGGAAGCCCAGGGGAGCGAGGAGAUCCAGGCAGCCCAGGUACAAAAGGUGUCAAAGGAAACCCUGGAAACCAAGGACAGCAAGGCCUGAGAGGAGAUCCGGGAAAUCCAGGACGAGACAACAACUCCCGCGGUCCUAAAGGUGACAUCGGUGGCCCAGGCAUUCAGGGUGAACCAGGUCCAGAUGGUCUUUCAGGCAAAAUUGGUGAUAAAGGCAGACCAGGCCCUAAUGGUAGAAGAGGCACAUCAGGUCCUCUGGGUCCCAGAGGGCCUGCAGGAGCACCAGGACUACCAGGGCUCCCUGGGGCCACAGGUCCACUGGGUGCUAUCGGUCCAUCUGGUCCAGUUGGGCAGAAAGGAUAUAUUGGUCUUCCUGGACCUCAGGGAUCUCCUGGCUUUUUAGGAAAGGCAGGAUAAGGAAGCACUGGGUCCAGGGGACAGAAGGGCCAGCCAGGUGAUCCUGGAGAUCAGGGAGAUCUCGGACCUCUAGGCCCCAGAGGACUGCCGGGAAAAGAUGGUGCAGAUGGCUAUGGAUUCCCAGGGCCCAAAGGACAGAAGGGAGAUUCUGGUUUCCCAGGUUAUGCUGGACUUCAGGGCGAACAGGGUUUUAAAGGAGCAAGUGGAGGUGGUGGUCCUAAAGGCAACAGGGGAAGAGGGGGCAAUGGUGGUAGGAAAGGACCACCUGGAGAUCCUGGUAGUGAGGGGGUGUCUGGACACAGGGGCUCAAAAGGACCACAAGGAACCAAACAGAUGUCUGCCUGUCAACUGAUCUCAUAUGUCCGAGAUAACUGUGUGUGCUGUAGAGAUGACAUAAAAUGCCCUGUCUACCCCACUGAUCUUGUGAUUGCCAUGGACAUGUCUGAAGAUGUGUCUCCUCAAGACUUUGAAUACAUGCGUUCUGUAGUCCUCAGACUGUUGGACAAUAUCAACAUUGCAGAGAGCAGCUGCCCGACAGGGGCUCGGGUGGCUGUGGUCUCCUACGGAUCCUACACCAAAUACCUGAUCCGCUUCACCGACUAUCGCCGCAAGAAGCAGCUUAUUGAAGCGGUGAAGAACAUCGGCCUGGAACGCACUUUAAAAUGGCGUAACAUAGGCGCUGCCAUGCGAUUUGUGGGCAGGAAUGUCCUGAAGCGUGUGCGAAAGGCCAUCCUGAUGAGGAAGAUGGUGAUCUUCCUCACUGCAGGAGAGUCUGAGGAUUCAACGUCCCUCACCACAGCCAUUCUAGAGUACAAAGCUCUGAACAUUAAGCUUGGGGUCAUCUCACUAAGCGAUGUCCCUAAUAUUAGAAGAGCUAUUGAGGCAGAUGAAACCCAGAGUUUUAUCUUAACAGAGUUGGGUGGAUUGCAAGACCAGAAUACUACUUUCAGUAAGAUCCAGAGUUGUGUAAUUUGCUUUGAUCCCUGCAAACCAGCUAGAGAAUGUGAGGGCACCAACCUAGCAUCUGUUCCUGAGGAUUUGGACAUGGACUUGGCAGUGAUUGUGGACAGCUCUCUUAACAUGCAGGCUGAUGAGUACGAGGGUGUGAAAGAGCUGCUCGGUAGUGUGCUCGAUCAGAUCGUUGUGAGCAGUCAACCCAACAGGGCCAACAGACAUGCGAGAGUGGCCGUCUACCAGCAUAGCUCCACGUACUGUGAAACCCAAUCCUGUGUGAAAGAGAUAUUCAACUUCCAACAGUUCAGAGAUCGCAGUCUAAUGAAGAGAAGCAUCCACCAGGAUCUACAGCAAGCCGGAGGCUCUUCCAGACUGGGUCUUGCGCUAGAAUAUGCCAUAAUGAAAGGCAUCCUCACAGCUUAUAACAGUCGCAAGAACAAGAUGGUGCUUUUCAUUAUUGGCGGGGAGAUAACAUCUCAGGACAGAACGGCACUGGACUUUGUCUCGAAGGUGUCAAAAUGCAAGGGGGUUGUUUUCUUUGUCCUGACGGUGGGUGACCACAUCAGCCCUGCUCAGGUGGAGAAGCUUGCCAGCUACCCCUCAGAACAGCACAUCAUUCACCUGGACCACUUGAAACAUGGAGAACAGGAGUACACGCAGCGCUUCAUGAGAACCUUCUUCCACAUUCUGAGCAAAAAUGUGACCUACCCUCAUCAAUCAUUCCAGAAUCAAUGUAGCUCUUUUAAUCACAGUCAGCGGUUGGACCACGAGGCUGCAUUGAGACCUGUAUAUAGUGUUCCUGUGCCGCCCACUGCUUACUCCGAUGCAGUGGAUGAACAGGAAAUGGAGGAAGGCACUGCAGAGGAGAAGAAAUACCAGCAGGACUCGGGCCAUGGACUCCCAGCAGUCAAAUCUCUGACUGACCACCCAAAAAAUCUGUGUCACCUGAACAGUGACCGUGGCACUGUUUGUGGUGGAUAUGUGCAGCGCUGGUACUACAAUGAAUCUGUCGGUGCAUGUUUAUCCUUCUGGUACGGGGGUUGUGAUGGUAAUAGUAACCGUUUCAAUUCAGAAAAGGAAUGCAUUCAGACCUGUGGCAAACGAAAUCCUGAAGUAAUCAUGCAGGCAAAUGAGGAAACUGCAUUAUUGCGUGAUGCAUGCCUCAUGAAACAGGAUAUGGGGCCCUGCAGUGACUAUGUUUUAAAAUGGCACUAUGACAUCCAGCAGAAUGAAUGCACUCGCUUCUGGUUUGGAGGAUGUGGUGGAAACAAAAACAAGUUUAACACGCAAGAGGAAUGUGAAGCUCUUUGUUUAAGACACAUUUAACCAGGAUGACUUUAUACAUUUUUUACACUUUUGAGCAAAGACUCAUAUUAAGCGAUCAUUCUAUUCUCUCUGAGCUAGAAAAUUAUAUUUGUGCCAGUUUUACAACUAAAGAAGAACAUAAUCCCAGCAACACAAAAGCAAAUAAGUAUAUUUUUUUAUGUUCAUGGAAAUACGUAUAUUUUUAUGUUUUAUGUUUCCGCCAAGGGAUAUAAAAGGUACAUUUGGCUUUUUCUUUCACAAUUCUUAGGUUGUAUCUCACAAUUAUUAAUUUUUUUUUUUUCUCAAAAUUCUGAAAAUAAAAGUAAUAAUCAGAAUAUUGAUGUAAAAAGUUGCAGUUAUCUUUUAUACUUUUUUUUCUGUGGUUGAAACAAAAACAAAUGUGAGAUAUAAACUCAUUUUAAUUUCACAAUUCUGACUUUUUUCUCAGAAUUGCAAGUUUAUAUUUUUGUAUA